ACUCUUGAUUUGGCAUGACAUUUGGGGAGCAGACAACGAGUGUUUGUCCGCGUGUAUGUUCGUAGCGGUGACGUAAACAGUACAUCGAUCGAUAUAUAAGCCUUUUCAUCAAGAAAAGACAAACAGUUACACAACCACGUACCGGUCUCCGGCCAACACGACUUUCACGUAUCUUCUCAAACCUGUACAAGCGGAAAUAGGCUUGCAUUUAUGUCCGACGCUUUCCUGGUGAAGACAGACUGAAAAAAACAUGGCGUGUUGCUGAUAAAUUUCAUCUCCAAGAUGCAACAAAAUUAAAUUCUUGUUUCUCAAAAGCAAGGCCGCCGUCUUGGGCUUCUUAAUCAUCAUGGAGUCAAAAGUGGACACCAGUGCAGAUGAUGACUCCAAAGUGGACACCAAUGCAGAUGGUGACGAAAACCAAAAUGCUUCGAGAAACAACCUUUGGGAGAAAGAGAAAGGAGAACAAGAAACACAGAAGACAACAACUGGAUUAUGGCAUCGAUAUGCUUGCUUCCUUGUGAGAUUUCCUUCCAUCGUUCUCCUACUCGUUUUGUUAUUCGUCGUUGCUACAGGAGUUAUGGCGGUGUUCUUCAGCCCAAUACCGUCAUUUUCCGAUCCUACAGAGGGGUUUCAAGCACGAGGAACUGUUAUUAGCGGACGGCUGAAAGCCUAUGAGCGAAUGACAGCGGAAACACAGUUAUUCUUUCCUAAUCCAUCAGAAAUGAGUUCGAAUGUCAGUCGCCGAAGUAUUCCAGAAAUCCCGAGACGCAGAGACGAAAGGGAUGCCGGCAAUGAUACAACCCUUUACGUUGAAACAUGCAGUGCUUAUCUAUCGUAUCGUCUUCGGAUGGUGUAUCGAUCGUCUGGCUCUUCGGACAUGUUCACCGCUGACGUCAUGAAGGCUGUGUGCCAACACGACACAACCAACUUUCGAAGUCAGGACAUCUUCAACCAAUCAUGUGGCUUGUACGACCCAGCAGGGGAUUGCUGUCCAACCUGGACCCUGGGAUACGCGGUGGCCCUAAUCGCCGGCAAGGAAUCCUGCGAUGAUAUAAACCAAAGUGACGUGGAAAGAGUAAAGACCCUGUUGCACGAAUGCAUUCAGUAUUAUACUUCAGGGUGUCUUGAAAGUGACGCCACCUGCCAGGAUGUCCCUUCUAAUUGCACUUAUCUGGGAAACAUUCACAAAAUACUUCAUUAUCUAACACCUAGUGAGUUUGCUGAUAAUGUCGAGAAUGAUAACUAUGACUUGGAAGUGGCGCUUGUCCUUUCAUCUCUUUGGUCGUACCAUGAAGACACACUUAACGUCUAUGAAAGUCACAUGGGGACAUCGUCAUUGAAAAGUAACAAUCUUGAGAUCAUAGCAAUAGGUGCUGGUAUCAAGUUCAACGUAUUUGACAAGUUCGUCUUCUCGGACUCAAUUUUUAUUGCUAUCGGUUGUGUUUGCGUAAUAUUAAUAAUCUGGGUUUACGUUGGUUCUUUAUUUGUUACUGUUAUGACGAUGAUCAGCAUAAUUUUGUCGAUGGUAGUAGCUUUUUUCCUUUACCAUGUCAUAUAUAGAAUCCCAUUCUUUCCCUUUAUCAAUGUCAUUACUGUAAUUCUCAUUAUUGGUGUUGGGGCUGACGAUUGUUUCGUGUAUGUAGACAUCUGGAAGGCCACCAAAAAUAAGAUAGGUGAAGGGAAAGAAAAACUUGUUCCAAUUCUUCUUGAUACUCUGAAGCACGCCGCCACAACCAUGUUCGUCACCAGCCUUACGACGUCAGCUGCUCUUUUUGCAGGAGUCGUCAGCACAAUCACUGCACUGCGAUGCUUCUCAGUCUUUGCUGGAAGCGCAAUUUUGGUCAACUUUGCCCUCACUUUAACUUGGAUCCCAGCAGCAGUUAUGAUACACGAGAAAUACUUUAUAUGGGAAGAGGGCGAAAAUUCGUCUUGUGAAUGUUGCGGUUGUUGGUAUGCAGUCGGACGACUUUAUGAUCGAAUUGCAAAUAUUGGGAGGAAAGUUUUCGAAGAUUAUUUACCGGAUCUUAUAACUAAAUUACGUUACCUUUGGAUAAUCGUCUUGAGUGCGCUCGGAAUCGGAGGUUUCUGUGUUGUUUUUGUGGCACUAAGGCUACGCCUGCCUUCCCAAUCGGAGUUUCAAGUAUUCAGAACAAGUAACAUUUUUGAGCAAUACGAUCAAAUCUAUAAAGGAUUGUUUAGUUUUGAAGGUGAUUCAGCGAGGUUGAUGCCGGCAAUUAUUGUCUGGGGCGUAGAACCUGUUGACAAUGGCAAUCAUUGGGACGCUGAUGGAGAAGGAUUUACAGUGUUGGAUGAAUCGUUUGAUCCAACUCCAUCAGAAGCACAACAAUGGUUGUAUAAUUUCUGCAUAGACUUUAAUAAUUCAAGUUUCCAUGACAACGAUGCGGAGUCGGGAGACGAAUUUUGUUUCAUUGAUGAUUUUAGAACCUUUAUGGAAGACGGCACUUGCAUACAUCCUUUAACUGGCGAUGAUCUGAAUCCUUGCUGCAAUCAUACUUCAUUUCCAUAUUCAAGCGAUCUGUUUAGCCAAUGUUCAAUUACUUUCACCGAAAUACAAUGCGAACUUUAUGGAUGUGAAUCGAGUUCCCCUGGUUUAAGAUUCAAUUCAGAUAAUGAAAUUGUUGCCUUAAUUAUGUACUUAAAGACAAACGUUGAAGAAUCUCAGGAUUUCACCGCUAUGAAUCAAUUCUGGGAGGAUCUCAACGGCUGGGUUGAAGAUCAAAUAAUUGCAGCUCCAACAGGUGUAAAGAGAGGUUGGUUCAUAAGUGCCGGUGAUUACCAGAUGUCUUUCUUUGAUCUACAAAGAGGCCUUGCGACCGGUGCACCUCUCUCGGUCGGAGUCUCUCUGGCAGUCGCAGCUUGUGUUCUUCUCUUAGCCAUAAGGAACAUUUUGGUAACUUUAUAUGCCAUUUACUCUAUAGCUUGUGCCGUUUUCGUAGUCAUUGCUUCCGUUGUUCUUAUGGGAUGGGAACUAAAUAUAUUUGAAUCUAUUGUUUUGUCCCUUGCUGUGGGCCUGUCGGUUGAUUUUACAAUCCAUUUAGGCGUUGCCUAUCGGCAAUCAACUGCAUUUGACCGGAAGUCACGAUCAAUGUACGCCCUUCGUUCCCUUAGUGCUGCCAUUACUCUAGCUGCUUUCAGUACCUUCAUAGCAGGUGCGUGUAUGCUACCUGCCACAGUUCUUAGCUACGUACAGCUUGGGACUUUUCUGACACUUGUCAUGGCAAUCAGUUGGAUUUACGGAAUAUUCCUAUUUGUAUCUCUUUGCCGAACGAUAGGACCAGAGGGAAUGUUUGCCCAGUUAUCGCGAUCUUGUUGUCGGCAAAACCCUCGUGUCACACCUCUUGAGGGUGGGGACCCGGAUAAGAAAGUCCAGAAGGGUGUUUCUCUAGAUGAUGAUGUGGCUGGGGUAUCAGUUAUUUCCUUGCCAAAUGAGAAGUUACCUGCUGAAUAAUGGAAACCAUGAUUUAAUGACUGAUCAUUAUGUUUCUGUAUCACUUAUCUUCUGUCGAGUUAAUGAAAACCAAAUAAGUGUGCGUGCAUAUGUGAGGCUGGAUGGGUGCCCUGGGGGGCCAAUCAAAUAUAUUGCUGUACACACGCGUGACCAAAUAAACGCGGGGUAGUUUUGGGAAAGACUGGUCAAUGGUAAAUCGCAGGGUCAAACGUAUUUAGGGUAUUUUUUUUUCCAAAGCUUUUUUUUCAACAAGACUAGCCAACGUGUUUAGGGUAUGAUUAUUUUCCCCAAGCAUUUUCCCCGGGGUCAUAUUCUGGCGACAAAUUGUUUAGGGGCCAAACUGUGCAAAUAUAAAGCCCGCGAAAAACUUGUUCAGGGGGUUAUUUUGCACACAGAGAAAAACUCGUUUCGGUGGUGUUUGGAAAUAAUUUGGCCACGCAUGUGUAAAGCAAUUCAUUUGACUGGCGCCUCAGGGGGUGGGUGCGGAUGUGUUGGUGUGUAACUGUGGGAUGAUGUGUGAGUGGGAUGACUGCGUCAGUGUGUGCGUCUGUGUGUGUUAUGUUGGUGUGUUUGUGAUUGAGGUUGUAUGGAUGUGUGUAUCAAAGCGUGUCAUAUGAACUUGACUUUGUAUUUCUCUUUAUCGUAAUUCACAGUUUUAGAAGCCUAGUCAUAAUAAAGCAAGAAACUAAGAUUUACAAUAAAUAUUAUCACAUUAUUUUUGCAUUUGUUUAUUAUUUUUUUAACACAACAAUAUUCUCCGUUGCAACUGUACGUCUACAAAAGAUAUAUGCUCACUUUAACCACCGGCAUCUAUCGUGCACUACAUCAAAACAAUAUUAUUUCUUAAAGCAACAACAUUUCUUUUAAUUAUUUUUUUCUGCUUCAAUUCCAUACUUGCCCUUUUGCCGUAAGUCAUGAAUACUGAUUGACUCUGUUUAUCAUUCCGUUACAUUACGAUAUAUUAUGUUGAAACAUUAUGAAAUAUUUUUGUUUGUAAAAGGAUGAAGUUCGAGAACUUAUUGACUAGCCAUGAUUUGUCACAAAGACUUGCAAUAUGCCCUAUUUUUAAGUUUUGAAAUUGGCCACGACAGAUAUUUUAUUGGAAUGUAUAAUAUAUAUUGAUAUUUCAUCGUAGUGUGCAAUUGGAAUUUGUUAAAACUAUAUAUUUUUUGUAUUGUUUUUUUUCAUUUGAAGAAAAAUGUAUUUAUAUUACACUGUGCAUUAAAUUUCAUAGAACAAUAGUAUC